UACGAAUGCAAGAACAAAGGGGAAAAAUCUAUAAUUCUUGAUUAUUCACCCAAAGGAAUAACAACAUAUUGGAUAUUCAACAAAAAUAGUUUGUCAAGCCUAUUAAUACCUUUCUCUGUGUGCUGUAUUGUGUCAUCGACGAUCGAUACAGGUGUGUGCAGUGCAAAUUCUACAAACUAGAUGUUUGCACAAAUGCUCGACCGGCAAUUAUGUUAGUAUGUCGACGACAGAGCGUGAACUGCUUAGAAACGUGAAUGAAAAAAUCGAAUUGAUUGAGCCCAGCACGGGAAAAUUGUUUUUCGAACACAAAACUGAGCUAGUGUUUGUGAAACCGCGAUUGAUGCCAUUAAAGUCUCAGGCUUUGCAGAGUCUCGAGGAAAUGCAUCGGGAAACUGCUCGACAGCUGCAAAAGAAACGCACAAAGCGCAAUAACAAUAACGAAAAUAACAACAAGGACAACAACAAGAACGCUGGUGAGGCACAAAUGGUUGCCGCUUAGGCUGCGGCCCACUCCCAAAUAAAUUUAGUACUUAGAAAAA